UGCAUUGUUGUUUUUGUUUUCGAGCGAGAAGGUCGUGCUAUCGCAGUGUUGACGAGCGGAAAUAAAUCAGAAAAGAGAAAAAAAGAAAAGAAUUGACAGGGAAAAAGGAAAACCAUCGGGAAAAUAUGCAAAAUGAAGUGAAUUAUUUGUGCAUUGCACGCCGCAGUCAAAGCGUUAAGUUUCAUGUGCAAUUAAUCUAACCAAGUUGCGCUUGUGGUCUAAGAGAGCGUGCAGCAGCAAAACAGCAUUUAUGUGCUGAAAUGUUUUGAAAACGAACGCAAAUAAAAAAAUGUGUAAUAAAUGCAACAAAAUCACAAUUGCCGCAAGAGCAAAAGAGAGAGCAACAAUUGCCAAUGCAACUGUGUGUGUUGUGUUUGUGAGCGCGAGUGAGAGAGCGUGAGUGAGUAGUAGUCGAGUUGAGUUCAGUUUUUGAGAUUGUGUGUGUGUGCAGCCAAGUGCAAAAGAAAUACGAUAAAAAAAUACAAAAAUACAAAAAAAAAAAACGAAGAGAAAGAAGAAGCGCCAAGAAGUUGUAGCUGAUAAAGCGCACAAAAGCAGAAAGGAAUAAAACACACACACACAUACACAUGCACGCAUGCCAAGAAUCGUGUGUAAACAGAAAAAAAAAAUAAUUAGCAUAGGAGAGAAGAGAAGGAGGAGAGUUUGUGGAGAAUCAUCAUCAUCAACAGGAAAAACAAAACGAAACAAAAAAACAACAAAUCAAAAUCGAAAGUGUGAAGCAUUUCUCUAAAAAUAGUUUUUAGGAAAUACAAAAAAAAAGCAAAAACAACAGCAACAACAAAAAUAAACCUAUAUACAAAUAAAACAACAACAAAUUCCCAGUUAAAAGAGCCGCAACAUUAACAACAACAAAUCUCACAAAGAUUAGGCGCCACAUCUUGACCCUAGAGAGACAGAGACAGAGAGGGAGUGCGAGAGGGAAUAGAAACAACCAGCGAGAACCACAACAAAAACAGCCACAAAAUGUCCACACUGGACACACGUAGCAAUUCAGCGAUGAUGAAACGAGCCGAGCAGCUAAAACGGUGGGAGGAAUCGGACACAAAUCGAGCGGCUCCCUCGCCACGACAUGAACAUGGGCGCAGGAUCAAAUUCAGCUCCGGUUGCGUCUUUUUGGCCGCCUGCCUAUCCAGCGAUAAGGAUGAGGUGAUUCAAUUGCUUGAUCAAGGCGCCGAUAUCAAUACGGCCAAUGUGGAUGGCCUCACAGCAUUACAUCAGGCCUGUAUCGACGAUAAUCUGGAUAUGGUUGAGUUUUUAGUGGAGCAUGGUGCGGAUAUUAAUAGACAGGAUAAUGAGGGCUGGACGCCUUUACAUGCCACUGCCUCCUGUGGCUUUGUGAGCAUAGCACGUUAUCUGGUGGAGAAUGGAGCCGAAGUUGCCGCUGUAAAUAGCGAUGGCGAUUUGGCUUUGGAUCUGGCCAUUGAUGUGCAGCAUUUGGGGAUGAUUGAUUACAUGGAGAAAGUGGUGCAGGAGCUAAAUAUUGAUGUAGAGCAGGCACGCAAAGCCGAAGAGCUGGCCAUGUUGAGUGAUGCCAAGAAAUGGUUACGCAGCGAUGCAGCCGAAGUAGAUAGGCCGCAUCCAAAGACUGGUGCAACACCGUUGCAUGUGGCCGCUGCCAAGGGCUAUAAAAAUGUGCUAAGCCUAUUGCUUGCCGCUCGUGGUAAUGUCGAUCGUCAGGAUAACGAUGGCUGGACGCCGCUGCAUGCGGCCUCGCAUUGGGGUCAAAAGGAGACGGCCGAAAUGUUGGUUGAAUCUCUGGCCGAUAUGGAUAUACGCAAUUAUGCCGGACAAUCGUGCAUUGAUGUGGCUGAUCGUAAAAUGGUUAAAUUCCUGGAAGAAUUGCGUGCCAAUAAGCGCAAUAAACGGCGUCCAUCUAGUCAAAUCAGCAGAAUCUCAGAUGCAAUUGAAAAUCAUGUGGAUAAGACACCCACGAAAAUGGUGCGCGUCGAAGUGAGAACUGAUGCCACAAAAGAUGCUGCAAGUAGCUCAUAUUGCUCGAGCAAUGAAGCUAAUGACAUUGUGAAGCCAAGUGCCAAUCCCCAAGAUGAUGAUGAUGAAAAUGUUGCUAGUAAACCGCCAGACAUUGAUGUGGAUAAUGUUGUAAAUGAUGUUGAUGAUGAUGAUCAUGAUGAUGAGGAAAGUGAAACAGAAGAGCUUAGCGAUUCUACAGAAAGCUCACAUACAACAAGUCUAUCUGAUGAGAGCGAAGCCGAAAAUGUUAAACCCAAUCAGCAAAUACAUGCCGCCGAACAUCCUGUCGAGGACGAAGCCCCCUGGCGACGCAAAAUGCCACGUACACCCAACGAUAGUCCCACUAAAAAUCAAGUUCCUGAUAAAGAGCUUAGCAGCAACAAGAGUGUCAAUGAGAGCGCCAACGAUGUAAUAUUGCGACGUACGCAAAGUUUUGAGAAUGAUCAAAAGAAACCACCAGUUUCAGUUGCCAUGCUUAAUACAACAACAACAACACCAACGACAGCAGCUACAGCAACAACAAUGCCUAAUUCACCAUCAACAGGUGUUCUACUCCCACCAGUACGCAGUCAACAACAAGUUGCAGCACAAAAUACUGUCAACAGCAGCAGCAGCAACAACAACAACAACAACAAUGGCAGCUCAACUGCCAGUACCAGCGAUGCAGAGAUUCAGGCCAAACCGCCGCCGAAACAAUCAGCGGGCAAUAUAUUCAAAAACUUUUUCAAAUCCUUUGUCCCGCCAGUCCGUGACGAGGAAAGCGAAACGCAACGCAAAGCACAUGCCAAGAGAGUUCGAGAAACUCGUCGUUCAACACAGGGUGUUACUCUUGAUGAGAUCAAGAGUGCCGAGGAGUUGGUCAAAAAGAAAAAUAUGGGAAUGGCUGCUGCCAAUAAUAAUAAUAACAAUAACAACAACAACAGCAAUAGCGGCAAUGAAACAAGCUCCACAUCAGGCACAACGAUACCCAGCAGCAGCAGUAGCCAAGUAGAGGCACAGCCUCCACCGCCACCAACAACGCCGCCACCAGCCAUAAUUCCUACAACAACUACGGCCACAGAUGACACAGAGAUCGAAGCCCUGGUCGCUGGCAAUCCACCAAUCAUAAAGCCAAUUGAGAAUAUAAACGAUACCACAGCUAGUUUCACAUUAUCCGCACCAGGAGCACGACGUUCUCAUCACGAGGGCGAUGGCCCAUAUGCCGAUACCGAUGAUUUGUCUGUGGUUAGUGCUAGCUAUACGAUAGUCUCGAAACGUGACACGCCCGCCGAGCAAAUCUAUGAUGAGGCAACGACGACGGCCGAGGAGCCACAUAAACAUAAGACUGAUCAGGAACCAGGAAUAAUAGUGGCGGAUGAGAACACUGCAACAUAUCCCAACAGACCCACAGAUCUGCCAUUGAUUAGUAGUAGUGCAUCAGUAGCAGUAGCCGAUACAAAAGUAGGAUCACCCACCAUUACGCCAAGUUCAAUCGAAAGUCCAGUGCGCUUGCGGGACAAGCGCGCUUUAACCAGUAGUCAAGAGACAGCAGCACCAGAUGGCAAAUCCUUUGAUAACGCUUCACCAGUCUCCGGACAUCCCGAUUUCAAUGCACGUGAUUCAUUGCUCAGUUUAUAUGCUCGUCGCACAUUGGAUGGCAACGAAGGUGCAGGUGGUGGUGGAGUUGGUGCAGCAGCUGCAGCACCACCAGCAGGAACAAGCACCACAGCUCCAGCACCAGCAUCAGCAUCAACAGCAACAACAUCCUCUACAUCGGCAGCAGAGCGUCGUCCCUCUUGGCGCAUCAAAUUCGAUGCUGGCUCAAAGUUCAAACUGGAGGAUAUAACCAGCGGUGGUGGUGGCACAUAUCCGCCAAAUAAUACAACUAUCAUACCCAGCGCUCCAGCUGUGAUGGCAGCGGCCAAUUUAUCAACCACAACUGGUGUCCAGCGUCGCAUUAGCAGUGGUCCGAAUGCCCUUAAUGCUUCAAAUCAAUCAAUAAAUUCUGUGGGUCGUCCUGUAUCGGCGCCCAGCGAGAGCACAAAUAAUAGCUCCUAUGUUGCACCACCAGCACGUAAAUAUGAGACAACAUCAACGGGUACGGGAACAGGAACAACGACAACACCAGCAACGGCAGCGGCAGCGGCAGCAACUGCUAAUCAUGCCACAACAACUACGGCCAAUAAUGAUGAUAAGGAUAACGACAAGGAGAACGAUAAUCGUACACAGACUGUCAUCCAAAGACGUCGCAAACCAAAACGUAGAUCAACUGGUGUUGUGCACAUUGAUAUGGAUGUAAGUUCCUGUGAAGAUUCGUAA